UGAACCAUGAGACUUAAAAUAUUUAUGGACAGUUUAGAGGAUGUAUGCAGUUUGAAAAAUAGAUAUGUAGAAGGAAGAAAUUCAUCUUUCUCAAAGAUUUGCAUAUCUUAUGAACAUAUUAUUCUCACCGUAAACUGUGAAGGGAUACAUGUCUGCACUAAAAAUGGAUGCUAUUUCUGAGGAAGACAUCGACAUAAAUUAUCUGUAUGGAAAUCAAAGAAAUGUGGACAAUUCAGAUGCUAUCAUUCCAGAGGCUCGCCCCGUCUCACCGAGUGCAGUAGAUUUCUCACACAGAAGCACUACCUCAACGAAAUCCUACACUUCUGGCUAUAGCCUGGAUCCAAACAGGUUACGGAAGACUGAGGAAAGUAAGUCGUUUGGAAAUGGAUCAAUUGGUUUCCAUAAGGACAGCGAAGAAAUAUCUUUUUCCAAUUCCUACGCACCAUCUCAGAGAACCAACAUUACAACGUUAACCUCUAAAGACGACGAAGAAGACAAGAAGCCUAAUAUGGCAAAGAAACGUGUGAUGGAAACAGCCAAACUCGUGGUGGUCUUAAUUUGCAUGGCAGUGGGGAUAGCAGCAGCAGUUGUUCUCGCUACACAAUAUGGUGACCCUCCUCCAAAAACCCAGAAACAGAUUCAACCAAAAGAGUUUGACUGUGUAUUAAAUUCUCCUGACAGAGCAAAGACCGUUAAGCUGAAAUUUAACUCAAGCAUCAUGAUUGUAUGUGACUACGAUGAGAAUUUGAACAUCAAUAACUCUUCUAUAAUCAUGGAAUUUAUACCAAAAUAUUACCUUGUUUCGACACAGGAUCAUAUUGAAAUCAACAGUACCCUUCAAUCCGUCCCGUUUCGGGAUGGAAGAUGGGAAAUUUGGUUUUCCACCCAGAAGAGGAAUAUUGAAUUUCGAAGAGACCCUGUGAAGUGUGGAGGAGAUGGAACAUAUAAACUGACUUUAAUUACGUCAGAGAAAAGUUUUCCCAGCGAAGUGAACAUCGAAAUUGAGAGUGAAACAUCAGACGUUCGAUUGGAAGUUGGACAAACAGAGGAUGAUGGGAAUUAUAAGAUCACGUGUUCCUCUACGAGUGACUGUACACCUAUGCCGAUUACCUUAUUAGGAACAAUAGGAAAUAAAGUUGGUCCACUUUAUGGUGUAAAUUUCACGUGCAUUGUUAAAUACAACGAAUACGAUGGUUGGUCAGUAAGUUGUACGGGAAGUAUUCCCAAAGAUGUUGUAAGUAGUAUUAACGAAGUCACGUGCCGACCUGGUCUACAGAAUCAAACCGAGGCUAAAACCACCGAAGCCAAAGUCAGUAAAGAAGUUCUUCUCUGUAAAGAUGAAAAAGACUGCACCUUCAAAUGCCCCCAGAAAAAUGAAGACAGGUAUUACAUAGAUCCAAGAUACUGCAACAUAUUUCACAGAUGCGUGGGUGAGCGGCUUUACACGGCCCCUUGCGGUAAAGGAACAUAUUUCUCGAGAACGUCAUGCGUCUGCAGCCAUAUCAAUGACGUCACAGACUGUAAUGCAAACGGAACACGACUAAACAUAGGCGACAAAAAAGUGUUGUGUGAAGAUUCUGGCAGUGGUUAACAGAAAAUACACGUACAAGCAUUCAGGCUUUAGCUGUGAUAUACUAUAUCGCCAUCCAAUAUUUUUUCUGCAUGCCACAGGUUUACUUAGAUACAUAUGCAUAAACAAUGAAAGUAUCAUGAUCUUGUUUUUUACUUGGACGUUCAUCGUCUUUAAACAAGAAAAUACAUUUAAAAUAGUUAAUUUCUUUACAUUGUUUUGUAUAUUUUACGUUCAAUUAAAUGUUCAUAUCUGCGUAUUCAUUUUUUUACGAGAAGAAUAUUGUCCUUUUUUUUGAUAUCCAGGGAUUAUUACAAAUAAGAAAUUUUUGUAAAAAUAACCUUGAAAAUUAAAACAUACUUGAAAUAAUGCUCAGAUGUACAGUAUUUUUUGUUUGUAAAAUGAAAUUUUACAUGGGCAUUAUCCUGUCUAAACAUGCACAUAGACUAUUAUAUUAACCAGAUCAGUCAGUAAACACUAAUUCUAUUGUAAUUAAUGCCAAGUACAAAUAUUUUGCAAUAUUUAUAUCUAUUUAUUUGUUAUUCCUUUUUAAUUUUAUUGUAUUUUUUUAUCAGCUAAUAUCACAAGAAACACCGCAUGCAAAUUUUUCGCUGUAAUUUUUAUCUUGUAAAAAUAAAUGUACAUGUACAAUGUCUUUAUCAACAGUGAACUUGAUAUUGUCUCAAUUGACGUUCGUGCUUCAUUUUGUGACAUUCAGUAUUUGCGUAAAAAAGAAAAAUCUACAGAAAUCCAAAGUUAUAAGUCUAUCUUAAGCCUUUAAUAAUCAGAUUGAUAUAAUGAACAUUGUCUGUAUAUUGAGAAGGAAAAUAUAAUUUUGUUAUUUAAUUUUCAA